CAAUGGGCUUGGCAAAAAUAAAAUAAAAAAACUCUUUUAUCUUUUAUUUAUUCUUUUUCUUUUUCUUUUUUAUUCUUUAUUGAAAAAAUGGGUUGUUGUAUUUCAACUGAAGCUACUAUUCAUGAAGUGGUAUUUGAUGAAAAAGGUGUAGCUAAAAGAGUACCAAAAGGUCAAGGAACUCAUUUGAUUCAUGUAUAUCAAGAUCAAGAAACAAAUAUUGAAAAGAAAGUUCGACCACCAGGUAUUGUUUUGCCAUCUGAAUAUAACAAACAACACAAUCAUCGUCUUUCAUCCAUCUCAAAACCUGAAACAGCUUAUUAUCCUAAACCUCCUCGAAAAAUGACAAUAACAAGACCUUCCGCUACCUCGAAACGUAGUAUCCAACCGAUGAAUGAUAAUAACUAACUCCACGAAAUGAUCAUCUAUCCAUAGUCACUCUUUAUAUUAUAUAUAUAUCUUAUCCUUCUUUUUUUCUUUUUUUUUUUUGUUGUAUAUUCCGUCAUUGUAUAUCUUUUUCUUUAUCCUAUCUCUUCUCGUAUCAUUAC